AUGGCAAUCUCUUCCUCAUUCAUCAGCGGAAUCAUGGAUGAGCUUGCCUGCCGCAGCUUUUUCUCAUCCAUCCCUCAGUCCCCAGCCUUCUUCUCCGGCGCCGGCGGCCAACACCCGGUGCUUGAGUUCUCGUACUGCGACGUCCCCGAGCAAUGGCUGGAGGAUGACGACGGCGGCGGCGCAGAGAAGCUCUGGGACGGCACCACAGCGACAGUGUUAGGCACCGGGGCGGCGACGCCCUCGGCACCGGCAGCAGGCAACCACGACGAUGUGUCUGACAAACUGCCGGCGGCACCUGCGCCGCCCAAGAGGCGGCGGGGCCGCAAGCCCGGGCCCAGGACCGUCGGCCCCGUCCUCAGCCACGUGGAGGCGGAGCGGCAGCGGCGGGACAGGCUCAACCGCCGGUUCUGCGACCUCCGGGCAGCCGUCCCCACGGUGUCCAAGAUGGACAGGGCGUCCCUCCUCGCCGACGCCACGGCCUACAUCGCUGAGCUGCGCGGCCGCGCGGAACGGGUCGAGAUCGAGGCCAAGCAGCAGCAGGCCGUCACUGCGGUGGUGCCGCCAGAGGCCUUCAAGGAGAAGCUGGAGGUGCGGAUGCUGGGGCAGCGCGAGGCGGCGGCGCUGCGCCUGACGACGACGGCAGGGACGACACCCCACGACGCCGCCGCGCGCCUCAUGGUCGCGCUCUGCUCCCUGGACCUGCCGGUGCAGCACGCGUACGUGUGCCGCGUGGGCGGCACGACGACCGUGCAGGACGCCGUCGUGGACGUGCCCGUCGCGCUGCGGGACGACGGCGUCCUCCGAGCGGUGUUGCUCCGGAGCCUGCAAGGGAGCGGAUGAUUUGUACGUAGCCGGUGGCCGGGAGGCUUGGUGCACCAUUUGCUCCCAUGGAUCAAAGUUAGCUGUGCUCCAAGCAGCCUCCAGGUUGAAGAAAGCUAGCUGUGCUUUUAUUUGGUGGCCGGCUCCCGGCUGACCGGAUUAAUUAUAUAAUAUACUCAUU